AUGGGCUUCGAGGAUGCCGGAUUCGCAAAUGUGGCCACCCCCGAAUCCGAGGGCCUCAACGCCGGUCACGGCGAGAAGGGAAUAUCGGCCGGACCUCCCGGAGCCCGGAUCCGGGCCCACAAACCCGGAUCCGGCUGGAGCCCUCGGGCCCAAGCCCAUGGCCAACGGCGGCGGAGCAAGCACCGCGGCCGGCAACACCGCCGCCGACAGCCGCCUGCCGCCGGGCAGAGCAAGAACUGCGCCGGCCGGAACCGACGCAGCGAGCGCCCCACCGUUAGCCGCGACCGCCUCGACGGGCCGACCGACGCGCGGGAGGAGGACGGCGGAGGCACGACAAGGGGCUACGAGGCGCCGCCGCGACCGCACGCUCCGCCGCCGCGACCUCGGCUUGCGCCGGCGCCGCCGCACUUCACCACCGCAAGGAGGGGGCCGCCCCGUCGGGCCUCCAAGCACGCGGAGAAGGGAAGCUCCGCCGCCGCCGGCACCGCGCGGGCUUUGCCCGGCGGCAGGGUGAGAGGGCUGGAGGAGGGACGGGGGCUGGAGGAGGCGGCGGCGCGCUCCGGUCGCCCACGGGGCGACGGGAGCGAGGGCUCGGGCGCGCGGCGGGCCGGUGGGGAGGUUGGCGGCGCGAGCGAAGGCGGCCGGCGCGGCGGGCGCGGGGGUAGGGGUUAG